AUGCGAGGCCUCUUGGCCGCUAUUUCCGUUAUUUCCGAUAUUUCUGUGAUCGACCCCUUCUCUGCCGCACUCCCCGUCAAUCCCGAGUCCGCCAUCCGCUCUCGCCUCCCCCCUUCCCCCGCGUCCCCCCUUCCCCCGCGUCCCUCCCCUUUCCCCGCGUCCCCCCUUUCCCCGCGUCCCUCCCCUUUCCCCGCGUCCCUCCCCUUUCCCCCGUCCCCCCUUUCCCCGCGUCCCUCCCCUUUCCCCGCGUCCCUCCCCUUUCCCCGCGUCCCUCCCCUUUCCCCGCGUCCCUCCCCUUUCCCCGCGUCCCUCCCCUUUCCCCGCGUCCCUCCCCUUUCCCCGCGUCCCUCCCCUUUCCCCGCGUCCCUCCCCUUUCCCCGCGUCCCUCCCCUUUCCCCGCGUCCCUCCCCUUUCCCCGCGUCCCUCCCCUUUCCCCGCGUCCCUCCCCUUUCCCCGCGUCCCUCCCCUUUCCCCGCGUCCCCCCCUUUCCCCGCGUCCCUCCCCUUUCCCCGCGUCCCUCCCCUUUCCCCGCGUCCCUCCCCUUUCCCCGCGUCCCUCCCCUUUCCCCGCGUCCCUCCCCUUUCCCCGCGUCCCUCCCCUUCCCCCGCGUCCCUCCCCUUCCCCCGCGUCCCUCCCCUUCCCCCGCGUCCCUCCCCUUCCCCCGCGUCCCUCCCCUUCCCGCGUCCCUCCCCUCCCCUGCGUCCUCCGCGUUUCGCUCGGCUCAGAUUCCGCAACGUGCAGGGACCUGUUCAAAUGCCCCAGCAGCAGCAGCCCUUGAGUCUGCUUGCUAUCAUGUGCUACAAACGAGGGGAGCAUCCAGACAAGGCUGAAGUGGUCGUUCCUGUGAGUGCGUCACGAGAGCUAUCGCCUGCAUGGAUCUCUCGGAUUGUCAGGCUCGCCGGUACUCCACUCCCCAUGGCCAGCAGCAGUAGUCUGGAGCCGCCUAACGAAAGGGUCAAUGAUUCUCCACUCGCCACGGACAGCAGCAGUAAUAAUCUUGAGCCGCCUCGAGAAAGGAUUGUUGGUACCUCACUCUUCACGGUCAGCAACAGCAGCAGCAGCAGCAGCAGCAGCAGCAGCAGCAGUAGUCUAGAGCAGCAUAAAGAAAGGGUCAAUGAUGCUCCACUCGCCACAGGCGGCAACAGUGAUGUUGAGCCGUUUCGAGAAAGGACCACCGGUAUUUCACUAGCCAAGACUAGCAGCAGUGGCAGCAGUGGUGUUGAAGGUGUCUUUGGCUGUUCCUCCAAGGGGUAUGCAGCUGCAUUCCACUCGCCUGGGAGCAAAGAGUUUCCGCGUAAGGCAGUAAGAAUUGCUGUUGUGGACCAGUUUGGGCUCAUGGUGAUUCUGCGCGUGUUUGACCAUGUCAAUAUCAGCUCAUGA